AUGCUUCUUCGUUCAUUCUUCACUAUACUCUUCUUUACAAUUUCUCUAGAAGGAUGCAUGGAAGAGCCAGUCACAGAUGAACCGCCCGUGACAAAUGAACCGCCCGUGACAAUGGGAAGAAAGGAGAUGAUCACAUAUCAAUUCGGACCUGACGGGUGUAUGCAGACUGUCUUUUGGUACAAAAGAUUGGAUGAGAGAUGCGCGAGUAUCUCUCUGUCCGCAACCGGUGCUUCGUGCACCUCUACUAUUGCAAGCGUCGAGGAUGCAUCACAAGUUUCGGCGGUGCUCAAUUGUCAGAGUGAUGGGACAUAUUCUUGUGGUUCCUUGACAGGCAUCACCGCAAUUACUCCCGUACUGGUGGAUUGCGUUAAAAAAUGCAAGACUUGUAACUUUGACUCAAUUGCCCCAUUAUCUAUACCUCCAAACAGAAAUUAUGCUGUAGAAAGGAUGGAAGAUGGAAUGUGCAAUUCGUACUUUUCACAGUGUAAACUUGAUGACGCCACACAGAGUUGCGCUACAAUUCAAAUAUUGGGAGAAACGGCAUCACCAGGAAAUACAGUGCUAGGACAGACGACGAACUCAAAUUCUGCAGAAGGAUGCGUAAGAAUGAUUCCUCCGGAAGAAGUAUCAAUUUCAUCUACCCCUGCUGCUACCUUACCAACUUAUGAGCCUUCUUCUCCUCCUCCAGAAGGUUCCACAGAAGCAACAACAGUACAAACAGAAGCGCCAGCCACAAAUGAACCGCCCGUGACAUUGGAACCGCCCGUGACAAUGGCACCACCUGUGACAGAGGCACCUGUGACAGAGACGCCUACUGAAUCUUGCACCACUUGUAACUUUGCUGAAAUAAAAGUGACGCCUCCAGAGCGCGAUGUUGGAGACCCGAACAAGAGGGUAACUGACGGAUGUAAGCAGGUUACUGUCACGUGUAGAAGAACGGAUGACGCCAGAUGCGCGGAUAUCUCUAUAUCUGCAACCGGUGCUUCGGGCACCUUCUCUAUCGGAAACGCCGAGGAAGCUGCUGAGGCGACGCUAAUUUGUCAAAGUGAUGGGACAUAUUCUAGUGUUUUCGUGGAUGGCAUCACCGAGUUAUUUUGCACCUUGACGAAUUGCGUUAGACCUUGCGCUACUUGCAGUGACAUUGCUGAAAUUGUGACAGCCCCACCAGCGGCCAGCGCGAUUUUCGAGACUCGAGAAGAAGUGGGACCUGACGGAUGUAAGAAGGCGACUGUAACGUGUAGAAGAACAAAUGGCAGGAACUGCGCGGAAUACGAUGAAAACUUUACACUGCCCGAUUAUUUUCCCGAUGAUGAGGAGAUGUUUCGAUGGUUUUAUUUAAUAGAGCGCAUCGCUCAAGUUCUGGAACAGAUCAACAAUAUUCUAUCAAUUAUUUGCUUGGUGAUAAAUCUUGCUCAUUUUCUGGUAAUGAUCCAGAAAAAAAUGCGAACAUCUUCUAUAAAUAUUCUGACAAUUGGAAUCUCUUUCUGUGAUAUUGUAGUUAUUGGGAGCACUGUAAUCACUAUAAUCUAUUACAAGCUGUCUGCUGAUAUCUGCUGGCCCCAAUUCACCUAUCUCAGCCGUGUUAUUUUGAUCAUAGCAGAGUUUUCAAAAGAUGUCUUGCUCCGUGCCUCCCCAUGGCUUGGUUUGGCUAUGGCAUUUAUCCGAGCGCUAUUUCUACUAUUCCCAUUGAGCAGACGGAUAAAAACUCUAUCCGAAAAACGUCUGGCUAUUCCCAUUAUUUUAAUUGUCUUGACUUUAAGCUUCUUUAUAAGUGCGUUGUUUCUCUCCAGAUACUCAAUUUUUUACUACGGUACCUGGGAGCCUUUGGAGACCUGCGGCUACCCUCCAGGCUAUACUCAACCGAUGUACACAAUUGAAGUUGGGCGAAAAAUCAUAUUAUCUUAUAAAUUAGCCACAGAAAUUUAUGCAGCAGUGAAUGGAGCUGCUAGCGUCAUCCCAGCAGUCACAUACACCUUGAUAGCCGUGGUUCUCGUGGUGCAGCUGGUGAAAAUGAAAAAGGGGCGGAGCAAACUUUUUAGCACUCGAGCAUCGGAUGCAUCGGAGAAGGAUCACACUACAACACUUGUCAUUUUAAUGACAAUCACAUUUUUUAUUUCUCAACUCCCGAUUGGUCUAUUCAUGUGGCUCCGAUUAAUCUACCCAUUUCAUUAUGUAAUUCAGAUAGCGUUGAAUCAUGCAACCAAAUUUACAUCCAUCCUUUUCACUAUCAAUGCCACCUGCCAUUGUUUUAUAUUCGCCACGUUGAGCAGUCAGUAUCGGGAAGUUGUCAGAGAAGUGUUCUGUUGCAGGAAGGGAAAAAUCUGGCCUCAAUUCACCUAUCUCAGCCGAGUUGUUUUAAUCACAGCGGAGUUUUCAAAGGAUUCUUUGCUCCGUGUCUCCCCAUGGCUUGGUUUGGCUAUGGCACUUAUCCGAGCCGCAGUUCUAUUAUUCCCAUGGAGGAAAUGGAUAAAAACUCUGUCCGAAAAACGUCUGGCUAUCCCGAUAAUUGUUGUUUUCUUUUCUUUAAGCUCCUUCAUAAGUGCACUGGUCUUCUCCAGGUACUCAAUUUUUCGCUUCGGUACCUGGCAGCCUCCUGAGAUCUGUGGCUACCCUCCAGACUAUACCCAACCGAUGUUUACUAUAGAAGUCGGGCGGAAAGUCAUAUUAUCUUAUAAAAUAACCAUGGAUAUUUAUGCAGCAGUGAAUGGUGCUGCUAGUAUCAUCCCAGCAGUCACAUACCCUUUGAUAGCCGCGGUUCUCGUGGUGCAGUUGCUGAAAAUGAAAAAGGGGCGGAGCAAACUUUUUAGCACUCGCGAUACAGCAGAGAAGGAUCACACUACAACACUUGUCAUUUUAAUGACAAUCACAUUUUUUAUUUCUCAACUCCCGGUUGGUCUAUUUAUGUGGCUCCGAUUGAUCUAUCCAUUUCAUUAUGUACUUCAUAUGGCGUUGGAUCAUGGAACCAAGUUUACCUCUAUCCUUUUCACUAUCAAUGCCACCUUCCAUUGUUUUAUAUUUGCCACGUUGAGCAGUCAGUAUCGGGAAGUUGUCAGAGAAGUGUUCUGUUGCAGAAAGACGAAAAAUGUCAGUGGAUCGUAG